GUGCGGACUGAAGUUUUGUUUUAGUUGCAAACUUAUUUGAAAAGCAACUAGUUUGCAACGGUAGGUGUGGAACAGUCUCACCGUGGGCGCUGUGCCUAGAUAUACCAUGCAAAAGGAAAAUUUUAUUUUAUUUUUAAACCUCACAAUACCAUCUAAUCACAACUUCUACGAGGAUAAAUACCAGGAAAAGUGUCGCCUCUCUCAUUAUAAAUAUUCUACGAUUAAAUUAAAACAGUGUUAGGGGUCUCAGUAAAACCACUGAACCACAUGUUGAACAACAAACGUUUUUUCCCGGUCUGUAUGCUUAGUGUAGUACAGUGCACUAACAGAGUGCAUUGAACCGCAGUUUUCGACAGAGGAUAACAUAUCUAAACAAACUUCUUGUGAUUUUAACAACUAGUAAAUCAAAAUAAUGGAUCUUUACCAUUGUACUAUUAUUUCAAUUUCGCUUCUCCUGCAAAUAAUUUCUUGCCUAUCCAAGGAGACAAUCAGUUGCUAUUCGUGUGAUUCAAGAAAAUCCGCGGAUUGUGCAGAGCUUGAACACAGGAAGCUGAAACAAUUUGUGAAAGUAUGCAAGGAAAAUGCUGUAGUUUCAACUAUUUCGAAAAAGAUCGAUGAGUUCAUUCCUAGAAGUUUCAAACCUAAUACGUUGUUGAACCUAGACAAGGUUUGCGUGAAAGCUGAAUUGUCAGAUGAGGGAAGCAAAAAGAAAGUAGUCAUAAGGGAUUGUAUGAAGAAGAGUGACGAAUGCUAUGACCUGAUAAAAGAAAAGAUUCCGUCAAUCGCAAAGAAUAUACAGGACUUUUCCUGUAAACCAUGCGAUGUCGACCUGUGCAACAACUCAAGCAUCACUUCACCAGCCGCCUUCAUCUUGCUUGUCGUCUCAUUCUUUACUUGCUUCUUACUUCUCAACUAGCAACAAUAAUACAAUACACUAUGUUGAGUUUUCCCAAACUUAGCAAUAUUAGAAAACUGUGUAUCCUAUAUAAAUCCUUGCAGGUACAGACUUGAAAAUGGUAUUAAUAGGUUAAUAGAGAAAAUAUCAGUCGUCAUUGAAAAUUAAGAUGUCGGCUACAUGUGUUAGUUUGCUUGAGUGAUCAUAGUCAUAAUGGUGUAUAUAACAGUGGUUCUAUUUGGUCUAUAAGUACUCCCUUCGCUCGCUGCACUUGUAUAUUAAGCUACAUUUAACUUAUGCUUUAAAAACUCUCAUAAUUGAACUGGUGUAUACAUUUUACAGGAUCGCUAGUAUUUUCAUUACCUUAUAAAUUUAUCUUGAACGUUUUCAAUGUUUUGAAGUUGUCAUUAUUUUUCUAAUAACAAUAGAUCUGAGUUGGCAUAGCAAAUGACAUGAGUUUUGUUUCUUACUACAUGAGCAACCAAAAAUAGCUAAUAAGAGGAGCUCACAAAUAU